GAUCAUCCCUACCUCCUAAAAAAAAAGGGCAAUUUGAUAACUCUUGUAGUUGUGUCACAUUUUUCAAGGCUACGAUUAUACUCCUUCAUUUGGGCAGAAUACACGGGUACUACCUUUAAAAUUAGUUUAAAAAUUCCUCUACACAUCGAUAACCCGGCUAUAUAUUCGUUGAAAUACGGAGUCUUCGAGUAAUUUGCCGUUAUGUCGGAUGAUGAGGCAGAUCCAGAGCUUCUUGCUCUCCUAAGGCAGCAUUUUCAGGGGAAGCUAAACCUGGAUGAAGAGCCGGAGACGGGUGUCUUAGAGGGCGCCGAAUAUGUUUACGACAACUCAAUCGAUGUGGCCUUGAACAUGAGAGCAACUAAGAACGCGGCAGCUUUGAUUCAUGAACAGAUGAAGCGGAAAGAGUUCUCGACCGAGAGUUGGUCGGAACAUGAAUUGCAUCCCAAAGCCAAAGAUGAAUCUACCGUCGCCUUCGUCUUUACCAUGGACCUGCUCAAUUUCUCAUUCUGGUCCUUGCACCCGGAGGGUAAACGUUUUGCUGUCUCCUACCGAGACAAGACUUGGACUGGAUACUGGAGCUUGGUCGCCGCGUUGCAGAGAGCGCUAGAAGAAGAUAUCCCCAUCACCGAUCCGCAUUACUGGCAGAACGAGGAGGAAUGUAACCUCGAAUCCCUAAGGCACGUUUUCAGAUCGUGCACCGAUGAGGAGAUACCUUUGCUGGAAGCACGGCUUUCUUGUCUGAGAGAAGCAGGACAGGUUCUAUAUGAAAAGUACAACUGCAGCUUCACGAAAUGCAUAGAAGCUGCCAACAAGUCAGCCGCCGGGCUGGUGAACCUGCUCGCGCGAGACUUCGAUUGCUUUAGAGACGAAUUCAAGUUCGAGAGCCGACGCAAGCCCAUCCGCUUCCUCAAGCGCGCCCAGAUUUUAGUAGCGGAUAUAUGGGCCUGUUUCAACGGCGAGGGCUACGGAGAAUUCCGGGACAUCGACAAGAUUACUAUGUUUGCCGACUAUCGCGUCCCACAGAUACUAGCUACCUUGGGCUGCAUAGGUUACAGCCCGCCAUUGCAGGCGAUGGUGGCAAAGGGAGACAUAUUGGAAAGUGGAAGCAGCUAUGAAUUGCAACUCAGAGCUUGCAGCAUCUGGUGCGUGGAACUUCUCAAGCGUGAAAUCAAACGCCAACAUCCAGAGGCAAAAAUCAAUGCCAUUCUAAUCGACUUUUUCCUGUAUGAUACCAUGAAGCAGCUGGAGGCCGAGGGGAAGGAGACCAUACCGCAUCAUCGAACUAGGAGUAUUUGGUAUUAGGCCACUUGGGUAGAGGAUUGUAAUGUUGGUCUGUACGUAGGCAGUCAUGCUAUUAGUAGAAAAUAGGGGAUGGUUGAAAUCACGUGGUAUUCUUAGCCAAAUGCAAGUGAGACUUGGCAAAUCCAGCGGAGCAAAUAUCGUCCCCAACGCCAGCGCAAAAGCAUCAUGAACCGCCAUUUCCCUCCAUCGUACACGUAUCUAUCCGUCAGGCAUAA